AUGGAUCUUAUUGAUCCCUCGGUUUUUGGUAAUCGUUUCACGUGGUUUAGUGGUGAUGGUAAAUCAAUGAGUAGAAUCGACAGAUUUCUUGUGGAUUCGGCUUUUAUUAACAGAUGGGGUAUGAUAGGGCAAUCGAUUGGGAAGCGAGAUAUCUCCGAGCAUUGCCCUAUUUGGAUGAAGAUCGAGGAAAGGAAUUGGGGUCCUAAACUGUUUAAAACUAAAAACUCUUGGUUUGAUCACCCUCAUUUUAUCAAAUUUUUCGAAGAAAACUGGAGGAGUUAUGACGUUGUUGGGAGAAGUGAUUUUAUGCUUAAAGAGAAAUUUAAGAUGCUUAGAGGAGAUUUAAAAAUUUGGAGUAAAGAGGUGUUUGGGUGGUAUGAUUUAAAGGUGAAGGAGGAGGUGGAUAUUAUCAACAAGGUGGAGAUGGAAUUGAUUGAGGCUGCAGUCAAAGACGUGGAAGGUUUAGUGGCGAGAAGAUCUGAAGCUUGCAAAGUUGUUUGGCAUAAUUUGCACGUCAAAGACAACUUAAUCAUCUAG